AAAUAUUUCUGAAAUGUCAAACUGUCAAACAAAAUUAGUAAACAACACAAAAGCAAACUUUUUAUCGCAUUCAUUUAAAUAUUACAAAAUUGGAUUAAACAUAUUAAUUAAGUAGAAUGGCUGAUAAAAAGUUUAUAUUCAAAAAUAAUGGAAACGAUGACUAUUUGGGUAUCAAAUGUUUUCAAGUCAACCCUAAUGUAGAGAUGAAGGAAAUACCAACGAAUGGUGAAGAAUAUUUAUUGAAAGUAAUGUCUGAACGUGCCAAUUAUGCCUCAAUAGCGACAUGCAAAUUACCUAACUCAGAAAUAUACAAAAAUUCUACUAGUAGUUAUAAAGAGCUUGAGAGUUUAGACAGUUUUAGGAUGCUAGAGCAUCCUGAAAUACCAGACAAAUUAAAACCAACAAUUGAAUGGCAAAAUAUACAGACAGCAGACUUUUCAGACCUUCAUAUGUAUGUAGUCCGAAUGGCAGCAAAAAGAAAAGGAGAAUUGCAGGGAAUUUUCCUAAAGUCAUUCAAAGAUUACAUUGAAGAAGGUGUCAUUCAAUGGGCAGUCUUAAUAACAAGUAUAGACCCGACAUUGUCACAUGUGGUGGGACUAACACAGCCUAAAGUUGAUGCUGGUUUAGAAACUAUUCUGUCAUUAUUGCAGAAAGUAAAACCAGGACAAACAAUUGAUCGCAGGACAGGAUUAUGGCUGCAUGCUCUUUUAGCUGCCACAAGACAACCAACACAACCAGACACAAGUUUCCUUUUGAGAAGAUUAUCUAGAAGGUGUGCUGAGAUAAGAUCCCACAUAAACAUUGAUCACGAAAAUGCAGUAGAACUGGCAACACCUCUCAAUAUUUUUAUCUGUAUCAUUGCAAAAUAUUUUGGACAACAUGACCUUGGUGACUAUGAACUAUAUGAUUCUAAAGUAGCUCAAAUAUAUUUUUGAUUGUAUUCGUGAAGUAGGAUCAAUGUUCGUAUGAUAAUUUAGACAUAAUGUACGAAAGGACUAAGUAGGCAGAAGGCUUUUGAAAAUAAUGCGAAAGGCCUGUUCUGACCCCUAUUAGAUUUCAGGAAACUACACAGGUAUCAUUUUGACUAUUAGUAAAUACUUAGAAAUUCAAAAAUAUGGAGUCAUGUAACUUGAGAUCUUUGAAUGAAUCUGGCUCAAGGUCUCUAAGUACUUUUGACUAACAGCCAAGAAUUUGUCAUUAAAAAAAUAGUUAACUAGUUAAGUGUAAAUAUUUUUGGUAAUAAAUAAUUCAAAUUUCAAGACCAA